AUGGCUCUUUUAGCAAAGAGGCUUCAAGAUAAAAUGGUCACCAAUCUCACCAUGGCUAAAGAUAGGCUCAGUGUUUUGGAGGCGACAAUCUCGUCUAAGAGGAGUGAUCCACAGAAAACGUCAAGUCCUCCACAACCGAAGCCUCUGCCUAAAAGCCAGCAUGUAGCGCGAGGUGUGUCCACCAACACCAGGCCCUCCACUUUCGGAAGACCCCCAUCCAGAUCCACUGAUCCAAAGGUGACCCCACGGGUUGGUAAAAACGGGAAACCCACAGCGGGGAAACAGCCACCAAAGAGGGAUAUGAAAAACUUCAAGAAUGUGGACAGCAAACUGGCCAAUUUGAUUAUGAAUGAAAUAGUUGACAGUGGAGCAUCAGUAUCCUUUGAAGACAUUGCGGGGCAGAACUUGGCCAAGCAAGCACUCCAAGAGAUUGUCAUUCUCCCUGCCUUAAGACCAGAGCUCUUUACCGGCCUGAGAACGCCGGCCCGUGGCUUGCUUUUAUUUGGCCCGCCUGGAAAUGGGAAAACGAUGCUGGCCAAAGCAGUCGCUGCAGAGUCAAAUUCAACGUUCUUCAACAUCAGCGCAGCCACUCUGACGUCUAAAUAUGUCGGAGAGGGCGAGAAGAUUGUACGUGCACUGUUUGCAGUUGCCAGAGAAUUGCAGCCGUCUGUCAUCUUUAUCGAUGAAGUUGACAGCCUGCUCUGUGAAAGGAGGGAGGGAGAACAUGAUGCCUCUCGGCGAUUAAAGACCGAGUUCCUCAUCGAGUUCGAUGGGGUGCAGUCGGGAGGGGACGACAGGGUGCUCGUAAUGGGUGCGACCAACAGGCCUCAGGAUCUCGAUGACGCAGUACUGAGACGUUUUGCAAAGAGGAUUUAUGUGGCACUGCCUGAUGCGGAGACCAGAUUAACGCUGUUGAAAAACCUUUUGGAAAAGCACCAGAAUCCAUUGAGCAAAAAUGAUCUGUCUUCUCUCGCAAAGGUGAGUGCAGGGUAUUCAGGAAGUGAUCUCACAGCAUUAGCCAAAGAUGCAGCGCUUGGGCCAAUCAGAGAGUUGGGUCCAGACCAAGUCCGAAGUAUGGCUGCUAGUGAGAUGCGUAACAUCAGCAUGAAGGACUUUGAGGAUUCCCUGAAGCGCAUAAAGCCCAGUGUCAGCUCGGCUACUCUUCAUAUGUAUACCAAAUGGAACACUGAUUUCGGGGACACAACAGCUUUUUGAACUUUGUAGUUAAUUUGAACUUGUUAAAAAAAAAGUCAUUAACAUAAAUGAAGAACAAAUAGCUGUAAUAUAUAAAUAUGUCAUUUGGAAACUGGCCUAGCUGGUAAGAUGGAUUUCUUUUUUUUAAACAGUACUGUUAAACUUGAAAUUGUAUUAUUUAUUCUCAAGAAUGUUUUGCAAAAUUACAAGUGAUCGUUCUCUUGCCUCAAGCAAGUUUAGACCCUGAUAUUACAUCUAUUAGUUACCUGAUAUUUUGACAUGUUGAUGGUAUCAAUCACCGAACGGUCUCUGUACUUAUGCACAUGCAAGUAUGAUUAUUGGGACAUGAUUAGGUACAAUCGGUAACUUUGUAUCAUAACAGUGUUUUUGUUUUAAAAUUAAAUACUUUUAUUGUAUUUGAAAGUAGGAGACUUACUGAAGUACUGUGUUGGCUCACUGAAGUUGGAAAUCAUUUUAAUGAGCAGAACUUCAAUAGCCUCCAACUUUCCUCAUGCAUCAAUAAAUACAAUAAAUAAAAGUU